UGCAAGGUGCAGGUUAUAGUAAAGUCCGUCUCAGUUGGUCAUUCCAAGUUAAGCUUACCAACGGUUAACAACCAUGGCGCGGGAGCAGUCAUCGGAGGCAGCAGCAGUGCAACCUCUCCUAGAGCAAUUCCAGCAGCUCUUUUUCAUCUCUAAAAUAGUAGGGAUUCUGCCGCAGGAUCUGGACAAGUUUCGCUCAAGGAAUGUUCUAGAAAAGUCGCGCAAUGGCAUGAUUUACAUGCUGGUCACCUUGGUGGUAUAUGUGCUGCUCUACAAUGUCCUCAUCUACUCCUUCGGGGAGGAGGACCGCACGCUCAAGGCCUCGCAAAGCACCUUGACCUUCGUCAUUGGCCUGUUUCUCACCUACAUUGGCCUCAUUAUGAUGGGCACCGACCAGUUGACCGCUUUGAGGAACCAGGGCAGGAUUGGCGAGCUCUAUGAGCGCAUACGCCACGUGGACGAGCGCCUGUACCAGGAAAAGUGUGUGCUGGACAACAGCACCAUUGGACGUCGCAUCCGUAUCAUGCUCGGCAUGACAAUCAUCUUUGAGCUCUCCAUUUUACUGGCCACCUACAUUAAGCUGGUGGACUAUACCCAAUGGAUGUCGGUGCUGUGGCUGGUCUCCGCCAUACCCACGUUUAUCAACACCUUGGACAAGAUCUGGUUUGCCGUCUCGCUAUAUGCUUUGAAAGAGCGCUUUGAGGCCAUCAAUGCUACGCUGGAGGAGCUGGUGGCCACGCACGAAAAGUUUAAGCUCUGGCUGCGAGGUGAUCAGGAAGCGGCGGCGGCUCCUCCGUUGGACAGCUCCCAGCCUCCCCAAUACGACAGCAAUCUGGAGUAUCUGUACAAGGAGCUGGGAGGAUUGGAUAUGGGUUCCAUAGGCAAGGGUAGUUCCAUGUCCGGUUCGGGGAAGAACAAGGUGGCGCCGGUGGCCCACUCCAUGAACUCCUUCGGCGAACCCAUCGACCCAUCGGACAAGGCUGGCAACCGGAAUCCCAUGGCCUCGAACAUGGUGCACGAAAGCGAGCUGGGCAAUGCCGCCAAGGUGGAGGAGAAGCUGAACAACCUGUGUCAGGUGCAUGACGAGAUCUGUGAGAUAGGCAAGGCUAUGAACGAGCUGUGGAGCUAUCCCAUAUUGUCUCUGAUGGCCUAUGGGUUCCUUAUAUUCACAGCCCAGCUGUAUUUCCUCUACUGCGCCACCCAAUUUCAGUCCAUUCCCUCGCUUUUUCGCUCCGCCAAGAAUCCCCUGAUCACGGUCAUUGCCUUGAGCUACACGUCCGGAAAGUGUGUGUACCUCAUCUACCUCAGCUGGAAGACCUCGCUGGCCUCCAAGCGUACCGGGAUCAGUCUCCACAAAUGCGGUGUGGUGGCGGAUGAUAAUCUGCUUUACGAAAUUGUGAAUCACCUCUCGCUGAAGCUGCUCAAUCACUCGGUGGACUUUUCUGCCUGCGGUUUUUUCACAUUGGACAUGGAGACCCUGUAUGGUGUAAGUGGGGGCAUCACCAGCUACCUGAUUAUCUUGAUCCAAUUCAAUUUGGCCGCCCAGCAGGCCAAGGAGGCCAUACAGACUUUCAGCUCUCUGAAUGAUACAGCCGGUCUUGUGGGCGCUGCCACUGAUAUGUAUAAUAGUAGCUCCACUCUGCAUGACCUGGUGACCACCACCAUGCUUACGCCAACUGGCUAAAGGCAAGAGCAUCUUGAUGU